GCCGGUCUCCGAACUUUUGAAGCCUUCACUUCCUCGAAGAGGCUCCGUAAAGCCGCUACUGAUUGGGCGGCUUGGUUAGCUGGUGGCUCGAGCGGAAGCGGGAGUUCGAGAUGAUUUCUUAAAUCUUGAUUUGGCAGUUGUUGCUGCAAAGGCGAGAGGGCCUGUGAAGCGGAAAGUGACAGUGGGCUCCGCGAUGGAGGUCGGUUCAAAUGGGAACAGUAUAAUAAACUGCGGCGAGUGGAGCAUUCGAUCCAAUCAGGUCUGAGGAUACUGGCAGAUGGGUGGAGAGUCUGGUGUGUUUUAAUGUUUUUGUUGAAGAAAUUCGAGCCGCUAGAGACUAAAAGAAAGCCCACCUAAACCGCCCCCCCCCCAACAACGAAUAACCCUUAUGCCCUUUGGGGAAUCGAGCGACGACGAUCGAGGCAAGGGAGACGGAGACGGUGGUAGGAUGAAUGGAGUCACCAAGAGCAGGUUCGAGUCGGCCCUCCUCAUCCGCUGGUUCUGCUUGCACGGAUUCAACCAACCACGGAUUGAGAACCUGGAAUAUGGGAGGAUGUGCAUAGUUUACCACGGAUCGGGAUUGGGAUCAGCGCCAGUCUUCAGAGCGAAGGUUCUUGAGUUCAAAUCCAGCCGGCUGCAAAAACCUGGAGAGGGAUGGGCUCCACCAGUUUUCAGAUGCCCAACACACGCUAUGUUCUCAAAUAACGAUGAAGCUGUAAUAAAUAAGAAACUCCCAAAGGAACUGUUACUCCGAAUAUUCUCCUUUCUGGAUGUAGUCACCUUGUGUCGCUCUGCUCAAGUCUCCAGGUAUUGGAAUGUCCUGGCACUUGAUGGUAGUAACUGGCAGCGGAUCGACCUGUUUGACUUCCAGAGAGAUAUAGAGGGCCGAGUAGUAGAGAAUAUUUCCAAAAGGUGUGGUGGCUUUUUACGGCAGCUUAGUUUGCGAGGAUGCCUUGGGGUGGGAGACAACUCUUUAAGAACCUUUGCUCAGAAUUGCAGGAACAUUGAACAGUUAAGUCUGAAUGGAUGCACAAAAAUCACAGAUGCAACCUGUACUAGUCUCAGUAAAUUUUGCUCUAAGCUAAAAUGUUUAGAUCUAGCUUCAUGCACAUCAAUCACAGACCUUUCCUUAAAGGCUUUGAGUGAAGGAUGUCCACUUCUGGAACAGCUGAAUAUAUCCUGGUGUGACCAGGUGACGAAGGACGGAAUCCAAGCCCUAGUGAGAGGCUGUGGUGGUCUGAAGGCUCUGUUCCUUAAAGGAUGCACACAGCUUGAAGAUGAAGCUUUGAAUUAUAUUGGUGUUCACUGUCCUGAGCUGAUCACUCUGAACCUACAGACUUGCUCUCAGAUCACAGAUGAGGGGCUGAUAACCAUUUGCAGAGGAUGCCAUAAUCUGCAGUCACUCUGUGUCUCUGGCUGCAGUAACAUCACUGAUGCUAUUUUGAAUGCAUUGGGACAGAACUGCAUUCGACUUAGAAUAUUAGAGAUUGCUAGAUGUUCACAGUUAACUGAUGUGGGAUUUACCACGUUAGCUCGGAAUUGCCAUGAGCUUGAGAAGAUGGACCUGGAAGAGUGUGUUCAGGUGCGUCUAACAUAUCGGCAUCUUGAAUCGAAAUUUGAGAUCACAGACAAUACUUUAAUUCAGCUCUCUAUUUACUGUCCACGGAUCCAAGUGUUGAGUUUGUCUCACUGUGAAUUGAUCACUGAUGAUGGUAUCCGACACCUUGGGAAUGGGGCCUGUGCUCAUGACCGAUUGGAAGUGAUCGAGUUGGACAAUUGCCCACUGAUCACAGAUGCCUCACUCGAAUACCUAAAGAACUGUCACAGUCUGGAGAGGAUAGAGCUGUAUGACUGCCAACAGAUAACACGUGCUGGAAUCAAGAGACUUCGAACACACUUACCCAACAUCAAAGUCCAUGCCUACUUCGCUCCAGUUACACCUCCUGCGUCAGUAAGCGGUGGUCGCCAGCGUUUCUGCAAAUGCUGUAUUGUCUUAUGACAUCUAUUUUACUAAGAUCUAUUUAAAUAGCAUUAAAAUUGAGGUGUCAUCAGUGGUGAAUCCUGGUGUGUUGUGAGACUGUACAGUAAGGGCUUUCCGAUCACUGUGGCUAUGACCGAUCAUAUGGUUACCAGGCAGCACCAGUGAUACCAUGUCCAUGGGUGCAGAUAUGUAUUAGUUCUGUCAUUGUAUAAUUCAACUGAGGUUUUCCCAGGAACAUGGUAAAUUAGUUUUUUUGGAUUUAAGAAAAAUUAAUUUCCAUUUAAAAUCUUUGCAUACCACUUCUUAAAGAUACAUUGCAAUCCAGCAGCCCACAAGUAAUUUGAGAAAUAACCACAUUUACUUUUCCCACUUAUUUUCUACAUGGAAAAGGGAGAAAAUCAUAAUAUGGAAUUGUGGGUACAUUGUCUUGUAAAAGUUUUGCACAAGAAUUUAUUCUUGGUCAAAACCACAGCAUAUCAGUCAUUCCUUUCACAGAAAAGAGGCCAUCAGAUAGUAUUUUAGGCUAUGCAGCUCCCAAUUUUUCCUACCUUGCACAGCUAUCCUGUGCUACUGUCCUGCAUUGCAGCAUGAUUCCUACACUGGCAAGUUGAUUUAUUUGUUUCUUGUGAAAUGUUUGGGUCAAUUGUCUCUCCAUCUGAACACAUAGAGUGUGGUUCUUUGUGGUAAUGGAUGCCUUCAAUACCAUACUUGAUUGUCCACUGUUGCUGUGUGAGCUUGACAAUGUGAUGACAUUACUGCUUUGAGUGUGAUAAGGACUUGGGUGGAUGUAGUGCAAUAUGGUGCAUUCUGUCACAGUUCCAUUUUCAGUUGUCACAGUUAGAUUGAAUUGAUGGAUAGAAAUGAAUCCAAGUUGAAAUUCCCUUCAGUGAUUGUUUAGCUGAAGCUAAUUAUAUAAUUGGCUAUCAUUGAUAGACUUUGUAAUGAUGGGGAAUUAUACUUUAUUGGAUAAACAUGCUUGAACCAUUGGAGAACUGAUUAGUUUUCUCUUUUGUUUGUUUACAAAAAUGGGUGGAUAUUUUUUAAGUCCUGUUAACUUAUUGUGCAAUACAGUCAGUUGCUGAUGCAUCUUAACCUUGUGUGCUUCACUGUGUCAUUUCUUCACUUGGUUCAGAGUAUCAGAAGUGAUCAGUGGUUUCUGCAGUUCAAAAUAAUUCAGAUAUGAAAUUCUAGCACUUCUCUCAUCUGCCUUUCUCAUUCUCUGUAACCUAGUAAACAGUCCCUAUCUUGUUGCAGAUAAAACACUAUGAACUUACCAAUGUGUACAAGUUCUGUUCUCACAAGCGAGGUGUUGAAGGGCUGGAAAUAAAUGUUAAAAAUUAAAAUGUGAAAAUUGUAAGUGAGUGUAUGUUUUAAAUUUUUUAAUUUUAGAGGUGGGA